AUGCCGCCGGUCCGGCAGGCUAGUCAGGACACCGACACCCCGGCUCCGGACAGUGCAUCGUCCAGCACCCCCCAUGAAGCCUCGCGCUUCACCUUUGUCCUGGACGGCCACCAGGCCAGCACCCGGAGCCAUGCCAUGCGUGUCCACUGGACCGAGCGACAUCGCGCUCGUCGCGAGAAACGACAGCAACAGGCCUCCCGACAACCCUAUCCAACCCUGGCGGCCAAAGCAGCCCUGCCUAUCCGCCAACCCUCUCAAAGCUCGACCUCCUCGCAUCACAACCCAGCUCCUCGUCGGAUUCAACCACGCCCUUUCCACCGCCCCCUGGACCCCUUCGACUCAUUCCCCAUCCGACUAACAACCCAACACCACAAACUCAUCCAUCACUGGCUAACCACCCACGCCACCAUGAUGUUCGAAACCAUCCCGGCCCCGAGUUUCAACCCAAUGCGCGACGUCUGGUUCCCACUCGACCUCUCCAACCCGGCCUCCUUCAACGCCAUCAUGGCCCACUCGGCCGCCCAUCUGGCCCAUUACUACGGCGCUACUACCCCCACCCAGGGCACCAAUUCCAUCGAAGCCCUACGAUUUAAAGCCGACGCGGUCAAAAUCCUCAGCCAGUGGCUGAGUGAUCCGGACAAGGCGCUUAGCAAUGAUGCUUUUGCGGCUGUCGUUCGUUUGUUGACCUUUGAACGCUAUUGGGGCACCGAGGAGGAAUGGAAGGUUCAUCGCAGUGGAUUGCAGCGCAUGAUUCAUGCUAGGGGUGGGUUGCAUCAGUUGCAUAGUGAUUGGAGGUUGGAGUUGGUGGUUGGGUUGGUAUCGUUAAUGUCGAAACCGUCCUGGUUCGAAUCUACAAAUGAUCUCUCCGAAAUCUCCGAUCAUCGUAUAGCCACGCAAAGUAUCCUGGGCAGUUCUAUCGAUCUGCACAAGAUCCGCUGUCUGUGGCUCAUCUCGUUCAUCCAAGACAUGCGCAAUCUAAUGGGCAUGUGGUCCCGAUUAUACCUGGACGGACUACUGGGUUUCCCUUCACUCUACGACGCCAUUCUCCUCGUGCGAGGGGACUUUGAACACGAAGCCGAACACUCCCACUCCGCGUAUCAACCAUCCGACUACGACCGUCUGACGUGUCUAUUUGCCAUUUGUAUUCUGGUACAGGGAUCCGUGUCGCAGGCCUACUCCGGACCUCAUAACGCCUUGACGGUUCUCGAUAUGGCUCUCGAGACAUGUCGUUCGGCGUGGGAGAGUUCCGUGUAUCUGCUGCACGCGUUCCUGCACGAUCAUUUUGUUGAUGUGUUUCCCAACGGUGCUCGGACCUUUGCCUACGUUACGCAGAUGACGGAUGUAGUCAGUCAUUUGAGUCUGGAGGCCCAUCAGGGGAUCGAAAAGUGUUUGCUGAAUAUGUUGUGUCGCACACGACGGAGUAAAUUGCCCUUUUAUGUUGAUGAUGGGGGAACGCCGGAUUCGUUGCUUUCCACGGUUCAUGGGUAUUGA